CUCUGCUUGGCCGCACAGAACCAACAGCACUUGUCCACACUCCACACUACCCCAGCCAGCCAGCUAAGCCUCUCCUCAUCCUCCAACUCCUCCAAGAAGCAGCGCAGAGCACCCACCCAUCCAUGGCGCUAGCGCGGCGGGUUCUGUCCGUCGCGGUGGCGGUGGCGCUCCUCGCGGCGUCGGCGUCGGCGGACUCGUGGCUGUACGAGAAGUUCACGACCGACGGCAACGUGCGCGCGGACUACAACUCGCAGGGGCAGCAGGUGACGUCGCUCAUCCUCAACCAGCAGUCCGGCGGCGCCUUCAGCUCCCGCCAGAAGUACCUCUACGGCGAGUUCAGCAUCCAGAUGAAGCUCAUCCCCCGCAACUCCGCCGGCACCGUCACAUCCUUCUACCUCACCUCCGGCGACGGCCCCGGGCACGACGAGAUCGACAUGGAGUUCAUGGGCAACAGCAGCGGGCAACCCGUUGUCCUCAACACCAACGUGUGGGCCAACGGCGACGGCAAGAAGGAGCACCAGUUCUACCUGUGGUUCGACCCCUCGGCCGACUACCACACCUACACCAUCAUCUGGAACGACAAGAACGUCAUCUUCAAGGUGGACGACCUCUUCAUCCGGAGCUUCAAGCGCUACGCCGACCUCCCGUACCCCGGCGGCAAGCCCAUGUCCGUGCACGCCACGCUCUGGGACGGCAGCUACUGGGCCACGCAGCAGGGGAAGGUGAAGGUCGACUGGGCCGACUCCCCCUUCGUCGUCUCCUACCGCGGCUACAACGCCGACGCCUGCACCCCCAACGGCGACGGCCGCCCGCUCUCCUGCCCCGCCGGCACCGACCGCUGGAUGAACCGGCAGCUCAACACCGCCGAGUGGGGCACCGUCGCCUGGGCCAAGAAGAACUACAUGCACUACGACUACUGCGAGGAUGGCUGGAGGUUCCCGAAAGGAUUCCCCGCCGAGUGCUCGCGCCACUGAUUGGUUGUGAUUCUUCUCGCUCCGGUUCAUCAUCCCAAUCAUCCCCGUCUACACAUCCACCGCCGAUUGUUCUUGAUUGAUUGAUUCCAGGGAUGAUGACUCGAUUCCAAUCCCCUCAUUGGUGUUUGUUGUUCUUCACCUCUGGUCGAUGAACAGGACAGGACAUAUGUUGCAUCUAUCGGCAAUUUCUUGCCACCCCCAUGUACAUUUUGCCAUCCACCAUAGUGUUCUUGGUUUCGUUCUCUCUCUUUUUAUUUUUUAUUUACACUUUGGGUUAUUGUUACUGAGAGAGGGAUUACAGAUAAUAAAGGUGAAUUCGUGGAGUAAAUAUACAA